CGAGCAAACAAAAUGAUAUCCGCAAAAUUCCUUAAUAUUUUAAAGGCAAUGCGUAGGAGCUUAAAUUUACAAAAAUGCCCAAAGGAACAUUUUUGACGAGAAAAAAAAAAUCUCUUCGAAUAAAAAGCAACAUUUUGAGCAUUUGUCUGAAAAAUUCUGCAUAAUCAUCAGCUAUCCGCCCACCACCGUUGAUAUUUGAAAAGCUCAUAAAAUUUUCAUCGUUAGGAUUUUGAUAAGACUUCUCUUAUUAAUUCAUAUAAUUUUUUUUCAUCAUUCUCUCAUGAACAUUUAAGCAGAAUUUUACUCUGUUUUUAUUCGUUUAUUAAAUCGCUCGUGGCUUUACGUUAUUUUUUAUGUAUUCAGCUUUUAUUUUUGUGUAGUUACUGUUGCAAACGAGAGCACAUGUAUGUAAACAUGGGACAAUAUUGAAAUAAUAAUGAAAGACUCUUGUAUGCUUUCAGGAAAUUCAUCAAAAAUGCCAGAAGUUAUACAAAGCGAUGGUCCCAUGGCUGCAGAUGAGCCUGAUUUCACAAUGUUUGAAAACAAAUCUGGAUUGGCAGAGGAUUUAAAAUUUCUUGCUUCCAUACCGGAAUUGUGUGAUGUGACAUUUUUAAUAGGCGAGACACGUGAACCAGUCUGUGCUGUCAAAGCAAUUUUGGCAGCUCGCUCACGCGUAUUUCAAAAAAUGUUGUAUCAAGCACCAUCGCCACAGCAGCAGCGGAGUAAAAAGGAAAAGGAGCCGCAACGUGAAACAAAUAAACUACGUUUGUUUCUGAAACGUAGCAGUGAACCAUUAUUGAAUUUACAAAAUGCCGCGCAACAGGUACGAAAUUGA